GAUUGACAUGUAACACAUGCGUGUUUUGUAUGUGUUCACUUCCAAAAUUCGUAUGUAUUCAUUAAGAGGGUCGAUACUACGGAUAUACAUGCUACACAAAGCAUGUAAAGGUCAUUCUAUAAUUAGAACGGAAAACCCCGGGAUAUGACACGAUUCUCCUAAAUGUAAUAAAAUUACAAAGAUCUCCAAUUCCACAAAGUUUUAACAUGCCGAUCUACACAUGAAACCUACACCGAAAAAAAUUGGUCUGUGGACUCUUAUAAUUGGAGUCGUAGUGCAGACAAUCAUUUUCAUUGCCAUCGUUAUCACUUGGCGAUGUCGUCGAAACUACGAUAAGGUGGGAAGUUCGAUAUGUACCCCAUGCACAGACCUGUGGUCGCGAAGAGAUGGUCUUAUUGAAAAUAAAAAGAAACUUGUUGGCACGAUGAGGCGAUCUGAAGACAACAGUACAUGCUGCGGCGGUUCGGAACUUGUUCUCAAACUAGCCAUGCGAAAGAUCACUAUUGAUUUGUACUUCGACCAGACAAAAAAUGUUCCUGUUCCCUCAAAGUACGAGCUCUGUGACACUCACCAGGACACGGCUCCACAUGCUCGACUGACCGGAAUUGUAAGCACAUCUCCAAAGCAAGAUAGCCAUCGACUGCACUGGACAAAAGACGGGGACACUUUCACCACCAACGGAGCAACACAUCUCGAAGACGAUGGCGAAAUAUUUAUAUGGAAACCUGGAAACUACCUUAUUAGUACUUCCCUCCACCUUAUGACAAACUCAAACAAAACCGGGACCGUAGACUAUGGCGGCUCAGCAAGCACAACAAAUCCUACGGCUGACAACGACAGCUACUAUGUUUUCUCCCAGUUCUUAUACCUGACGUCACCUCAAACCACCGGGAAGACCACGGUAAUUUCGGAACGCCGCCAUGAUCUACCAUGUGGUUACAAAGAGGGGAUUUGUUUCCCCAGCGUCCUGAAGGCGGUUUACCGGUUUGAAGAGUUCGAUCGAGUAUCGGUUGCAGUAAGUCAUCCACAGCUUGUAGUCCUUGGUGACGUAAACAGCACGUUUACGGCAUUUUAUACACAUGGCUAAGAUUUUGGCACAACAUUGAACAUUGUGUCUUUCUUAGAAAUUUACAUAUGCUUUAUUGUUUCUGUGAGACAAAAUGAUUUUGUUUUUCAUGUUUAAUUAAGCCCAUACAAUUGAAAUGCGUUCGAACUUUAUGGUGAAACUGUAGAAUAAUUGUGUAAGGUUUAGUUAAAACUAAUGAGAACAAUACUUGAAGUUGUAUGGGAUGACUUUAAUUAAACCUUUGUUUAAUAUUAUAUUUUAUAUUGCUUUAAUGCCUCAUCUUCUCGCAUAGAUCUGAUAGACGCACAGCUGAUUUUCUUAAACAUACUUAAUGGUUACCUUUAUAUAUAGCUGUCAUUGAUAUAUACCUUUGAUAUUUCGUUUCUUCUGAUGUAGAUCUAGAUGUGAGGGGUUUUAAUUUUAUCAAUUUCUUUUCAGUGCCUUUUUUUUAAAUAUUUGCUAAUGUAUGCUAAUGUGAAACACAUGCUUUCGGUUUUUACAGGUUCUUCAUUGGUUAAAUAAUGGAAAAUUGUUUUCUCAACUCUCUUAGUCGGAUAGAUUUCAUCUGCCUUAAAGGGGCCUUUUCACAGAUUUUGGCAUGUAUUGAAGCUUGUCAUUAAAUGCUUUAUAUUGAUAAAUUUAAACAUUGGACCUAAAUAUCUCCAGUAAAAAACACAAAAAUACAUUUUUAAAAAAAGGAAAAAAGUAACCCUCAACAGGGCUCGAACCACUGACCCCUGGAGUCCUGGAGUAAAAAGUCUCCCGCCUAGACCACUCGACCAUCCGUGCUCAUACUAUAAACGGUGGUAUGUUUUACCUAUAUAAGCAAUCUUCGUAGUUCCCCAAAAUAUAACGACAACAACAGAACUUUCCAAAUUAUUCAAUCGUUUCGCGUUGCAACGCUUUAUAAUUUGCAGGUUUUCAAAUCGUCAAAAUGUGCAUAUAAUGGAUAUUUUAGAGCAUGAUAAAUGUUCAGUAUUACUAUUUCCUAACAAAUAUCAUAACUAAAACGAAAAUUUGCGAAUCUGAAACAACUUUUUUAAUAUUGCCAAUUUACCAAAAUGUGAAAAGGCUUUUUAAGUGAAUUUCCGAGUGAGAAUAAACUCGUCGGGCUUUAUUACAAGCACGGGGAUCGUUAGGUAAAAAAUACUCUAUUAUACUAUAUACAUAUAUACAAUAUAUAUACAACUGUCAAAUUUCCUGCACAACAUCAUGGUCUGAACAAUAGCAAAAAAAUCGCUUCCAAAAGCAAUAAUUACACCAAAAAACUGUAUAACAACAGCUCAGACAUUUAUCUAUCAGAUAAUAACUAUGUUUAUAGCAGUAAAAGUGUUCAUAGUUGUGUUUGAAACGAAAGUUUCAUGAAAAACGGUAAAUUUUUCGAAAUGCGACACAGGUGUGCACACCCACUUUGACACAUUUUGUUUCAUAAUUUAAUAAUUACAGAGAAGUUGAGCAAAUUUUACCUUGUUUUAUUAUCUAUAGACACUUUAUUAAUCAAAGUAGACACCUUCCAUAAUUGCAUGUAUCUGCAUAUAUGUAAAACACCGUAAAUAUUAAAUUUGUUUACAUUUCUACUAUCUUCAAGGAUUUGUAUGCAAUUUGUCAGGUAAUGUUACGUGGAACGUGAAUGGCUGGAUUUAUUACUGCAGUGGAAUUUCAACCAAUCAAAUCGCAUGUUAGAAACACAUGUGAACUAUCCAAAAUGAAAGUAAAGCAUUGUCAUUGUGAAAUUGAAGCAGAUCGAUAUGAAUUUCUAGCAAAACAUGCUCACUUAAUAGCAAUUAUGUUCUAUUUUACUAUGAAAAAAACUAUCCAAGGAAUAUGUACCAGCAAAAGAGCUUUAUAACAAAGGAAUACGAAAAUUACUUCUAGAAUUCCCAGUUUUCAGCUGUGCACACCUGUGUCCAAGUAAGGAUUUUUGAGCAUUUUGAAUGAAACUUUCUCUCUUAGUUCAAUGAAAAGCUUGUACUUUAUUGCCAAGUGUAUUAUUUUCUGAAAGAUAAAUGUCUUGGCUGUUGUAAUACAUUUUAAUUGGUGUAUUUAUUGCGUUUGGAAGCAAAUUUUUCGCUAUUGUUUACACCAUGGUUGUGUGCAGGAAUUUUCACAGUUGUAUCCCUUGUAUAUAUAUGUAGUAUAAUAGAAUAUUUUUACUUAACGGUCCCUAUGAUUAUAAGCAUAUAUCGUUUGUUAAAUUUUGAUGAUCUUCUAACUGACUGCAGAGUGAGUUAAGGUACUUGAUUUAUCACAAAUGACGUUUGCACUACCCAUGUUAAAUGCUCCAUGUCUUAUCUACACUGAUAGUGUUAAUUUAAUAAUCUCAAGAAACUCAAGAUUUCUAUUAACCAAGAGGGGACUUAAUUGUUUCACAACAAGUUCUUGUCAUGACAUUUAUGUUUUCAUCGACCUGGUAUUUGUUUUGCAAUACUUAUACACGUAUGCCUUACAAUGUUUCUAUAUUUAGAUACAAAUAUGUUCCGCGGUAUGUAUUUUUGGGAAGAAAUUAUUUCUUCUGUUGUCUUUGUAACAAUACCUACUUGCAAUUUGUUUUUAUGAGUACUAAAUUUAAGAACAUAAGUAGUAAUUAUCAUGGCUAGCACAAAGUAUACGUGAACGUGUACGUUCGUUGUGUCUACUAGAUCGCAGUAUCGAGUUAUUUCUAUUGCGCCUAUAUAAGUUGUACUCAAGUUCAUGAAGGAAAUAAACAGCAACAAAUGUAUUUUACUAUAAACUUUUAUCAUACGCGGAAAAAAAUGAUUGUCUUACACGUUAUUAAUAUUCUAUAACAUUGAGCCUUGCAUGCAUUCUCUGUAAACUCGUUUUGUUUGCUUGUCGCUGUUGAUGCAUUUAAGUCUGUUUAUUGACAUUGUUUCCUUGUGUGUUCAAAAAGCAUUUCAGUAUUAUAAAUGUGUGUGUUCAAAUGAAUUUUAUUAGCUCUCUCACCGUGGUUUCGCAAGGAUGUACUAUUAUUUUGCCCUCCGUCCGUCUAUUUGUUUGUCUGUCUCUCCGCCCGUUAACUAAUUAUUCCAUAACUAAAAUUAAUGAUCAGAUUUUGCAAUACGAUGAGUAUGCACUACCUUUUAUUUACAAAGGGUCAAAUGUAAGAUCGCUGCUUCUCUAAACCCACUAAAACUUGUUAAACUUCCUGGUCAAGUGUCUAAGAUAUGACAUUGAAACUUUGUAUAAACCUAAGGCUGUAUGUUCACUCUUCGUCCGUCUUGCAUGCCUCCCGUUCGUCCGUCCAUCUGACUUAACUAGAUAUUAGAUAUGAUAAUGCUCUUUUUUAGAAUUGAAAAUGAAACUUCCAUAUAACAGGAAUAUGCUUGACCUUUUAUUUCCCCGGAGGUCUAAUGUAAAGUAACCGCAUGUAUUACAAAAAAAGAAUAACACUACCUUUUGUCAUAACUCGAGAAGUAUGAACUUAACCAUAAUUUUUUAAUUAAUCUUACAGUACAUAUAAACCAUAAUGUUAGGUGAGUGCGGAACAUCACAUGUCAAACCUUAACAUUUACUGUGCCUUGAUAAUAGGACGUGACAUUUGAAUAUAAAAUGUUACACAUGUAUAAUUAUAAAGAUUAAGGCGGUAUUGCACACUUAAAUUGAUUUAGAUCUUUACCGGUCGGGGACUCCUGUAUUGCUUGCAAUACCUUCCGAGCAUUUGUGUAUGUAUCUUCGUAAGGCAGCUGUCACUAGAAUGACUGAGUGAUUAAAUGUAAAUGUAUUACUUGAUUUGCUUAUAAUAAACUCGUCAUUUCGACU